GAAAGUCAGACAGAAGCCUGGCUCUGUCUGUCUUUUCAGAAAUCUUCCAGAUAUUCUCAUGGACUGCAUCAAGCUAACCUUCCACCUGUCUGGUCUACACAGGGUGAGAUACCGUGUCAAAUCUUUUACUAAGACUGAUAAACAUUUUCCGAAGAAGGACUCAACACACCUUUAAUAAAGGAAUUACAAGGUGUACAAGGACAAAAUGCUUGAAUCUAUUUGCGUAACUGAAGAACUACACUGGCCUGAGGAGGAACUUACCAGAAAAUCCAUUCUUAAUAUUGACAAUAAACAGUGCCCAGACAUGGAGAAGGCAGUGGUUGAAGUAUCAGCCAGUAUCCUUAGAGACACAUUUACAACAGGAACCAGCAGUUAUAAUGUUCUCCUUCAAACAAAGGAGGAAAAGAAACCACACCAUCAAAAGCAGUCCUCACAAAGUGUAAACAAAAAGCACAAAAAGGCAAGCAAACCUACAAUGCACACCAAGGAACGCCAAAAAAAUAGAACCAAUGUUCUACACAGUGAUUGUUUAUUUAUCAGACAGAAAUUACCUGGUUGUGUCUCCAGUAAUAAACCCAACAGUAUGAAAAUGUCACAAAGCAUAUGUGUUAGAGGAAGCCACGUAGGUCUCCUGCACAGGCCUAAACUCAGAGCACAGAGACAACACUGCUUUUCAGUUCUGAACCAAGAAAAAGAGUUUACUCCUCUGCCAAAAGUUCAAACAAGUAAUGGCAUCUCAGGGAAGAAAUGUUGUAUAUUAAAUGCCAUAAAACCUUCAAAUGUGGAGAGAGAGAAGAUUCAAUUUUUCAAGUCAGAAUUUACUUACAACCCUCAGUUUGAAUAUGCCAACCCCGCCCAACCAACUGUCCUAGACAGAUAUAACAAUGCAUCUGACAGAUUUCUUAAACAGGCCAUCAAUAUUAUGCUGAGGGCACUAAAUAAAUAUGGAAGUUAUGAGAAGUUUGAACAAGCCACUGGGGGAAGUCUGCUCUCAAAAAACCAGAUACGGUACCAAGUGCGUAAAUACAUGGAAAGAGAAGGUUGCCUGGGUGAGAUUGUCGUUCACCUGACUGAAGAUCUCCUUUCACGUGCAGCUAUGACAGUGGUAAAUGGUUGUCCAACAUUAACCAUCAAUGUCUCCACAGCUCGUGAGCAGUGGCUGGAAGGGAUGCUUAGACAUGAAAUAGGUACACAUUAUUUUCGGGGAAUGAACAAUAACCUACAGCCAUGGAAUAACAGCAAUGGGCGUAAAAAGCAUGGCCUAAAGCCAGUCAACCCAACAGAAGAAGGCCUUGCAAGUAUCCAUAGUGUCUUGUUCCGCAAAGAUCCUUUUUUGUGGAGAGCCGCGCUUCUCUAUUAUACUGUCUACAAAGCAAGUUGUAUGUCUUUUGUUGAACUCUUUAAAGAUGUGGGACAGUUUGUCAAGGACCCAAACACAAGGUGGGAUUAUUGUGUUCGAGCAAAGAGAGGCUUGACUGAUACAUCACUGCCAGGUAAAUGAAAAAACUUUAUUUAUGAUGAUUUAUUGAUUACCUAUCCAGGCCUACAAGGUGCCACCAUGUAAUUAGUGUAACUCAGUGAUCCCCAACCAGUGGCUUGUGAGUAACAUGUUGCUCACCAACCCCCUUGGAUGUUGCUCUCAGUGCGCCCAAAGUAGUUAUUUUUGAAUUUCUGACUUGGGGGCAAGUUUUGGUUGAAUAAAAACAAGAUUUACUACCAAAUAAAGUCUUCUGUAAGCAGACAGUGUGCAUAGAGGCUACCUAAUAGCCAAUCUUAGUCCUUAUUUUAGACCCCAUGAACUUUUAUGAUGCUUGUGUUGCUCUCCUAGUCUUUUUACAUUUGACUGUGGCUCACCAGUAAAAAAAGGUUGGGGAUCCCUGGUGUAGCAGUUAACUGAUUUGUAUUGCCUUCACAGAAUUAUUUGUAGGUACAAAUGGCAUCCCAUGGCAGGCAGCAGAGAAAAUUCUCAACACUUACAUUACCUAUUUAAAAACUCAAAUAUAUUUUCCAGAAUGCUUGGGACCUGUGGUUUUCUGGAUAAGGGGUCUUUUCAUAACUUGGAUCUCUAUACCUUAAAGGGGACCUGUCACCCAGAAAUAAAAAGCUGUAUAAUAAGAAUCCUUUUCAAAUUAUACAUGAAACACAAAUUCAUUUUUAUAUUAACACGUCCAUACCCAUUAUAAAAGCAUUUAAAGAUCUCCGCCUUCAUGCCUUAGGGCUCUGACACACGGGGAGAUUAGUCGCCCGCGACUUUCCAUUUAGCACUUUCUAUAUGUCACUACAAUUCUUAUCUUAUUUUUCCCCUCCCUCCUCACCAUCUAAUUGUGUAACCAGUGCAUGAGUAUAGGCAGAUGCCUAUACUAUCUCUGUUCUAUCACAUACACAAGAUUUUGGCAUGAUACAAAGCUUGCCUUGAUAACAGUGUCCACAAAUUGCACCUGCCUGUUUGCUGUGAUUGUGUAAUUCCAGGACUGUAAUUCUGAACUUUCUGCAUAAUGGGUUUCUGAUUAACAGAUCCCAUACCUGUAGUUAGAAUACUGCAAAUCCUUGAAAGCAACUUUAUCAGUAGCUGAUGUAUUGCCAAUUUACUAUUUGCAAAGCAUAACAGCCAUAUUUAUUUGUCUUUUUUGUAUUUCUAGGUUGCUUCAAUAAAGAUCAGGUUUAUCUAGAUGGCAUUCUUCAACUUCUGAGGCACAGAGAAACCAUAGAUUUCUGCUUAUUAACCUCCAUGGGAAAGGUUUCCUAUGAAGAUGUAAAUCAUCUUAAAGACUUUGCAGUAUUGGAAAAUGUACGGAUUCCUCAGUUCCUCCACGACAAAGAUCGAUACAUGAGAUAUUUGGAGAAGAUCAUGCAAGUGAAUGCGCUGAGUGAUGCAGAACUAGCAGUGAUCAGUGACUGAGCAUCAGAUGAGGGCCAUCUUUGAAAACUGGAGAACAAUCGUGCAAUAAGAAGUUUUGUUUUUAAUGUCAACUAAAAACUAUUAAAGCAAAUUGCAACAUGUAAUUCUAAUUCUGUAACAUUUGUAUUCAUUGUAACUUGAUGCAUAUACGAUACCUUAAUUUUGGCACCCCCAAGUGACUAGGGCUUUCCUUCUCCUUUAACCACAUAAGGCAUUUAUUGGGGUGGAGGCAAAGCCUUUAUUUAAAAGCAACCUGUUUUUUUAAGAAUAAGACUGUAUACAAUACCUAAGGGGCCCAUUCACUAACAUUUACAUUUUGUUCAUUUUCACAAAUCAUAUUUUUAGCGCUAAAAUUCUAGGCUUAUACUAUUAAUUUUAAACCAUUUAUUAAGCAUAAAAACCACGUCUAAGAGCUGUUGAGGUCAUGUAGAAGUCAAUGAGAGCUGUCCUAGGCAAAUCGUAACAAUCUUUAUUUAAUUUGUGGUCUUAGAGGUUUUGAUGCACAUGAAAAUUCUUGCGAAAACUAUUUUGAGGUUUUAGUAUUCUAAUUUACAUUCUUUUCCCUGUUUUUUUUUGUUUGUGCUUUUUAUUUAAGGCUGUUUUAACAAAUUACUUGCCAUUUGUGGUUUAAGUGAAAAUAUUCAUAAUCAUUUUUUCAAAGUUUUGAAAAACCACUAAAUUCCGUAUGUUGAUAAAUGGGCCUCCAAGUAUUAAGAUAAUGAUUUGUAGGAUAUACAAUGUUUGCCAAACCCCAGCUAGUGAGAACACUAAUAAGUGAUACAAGAAUGGGAACCUUUAUCUGAAUCCCAUUUUCCAGAAAUCUCAGAAUUACAGGAAGGCCAUCUCCCAUAGACUCCAUUUUAAUUAGAUAAUUAAAUUUUUUUAUAAAUGAUUUCCUUUUUAUCUGUAAUAAGGAAACAGUACCUUAUACUUGAUCCCAACUAAGAUAUAAUUACCCCUUAUUGGAGGCAAAACAAUCCUAUUGGGUUUAUUUAAUGUUGAAAAGAAAAUGUAUUGGAUUUUAGGGAGAUAUUUCCAGUGGCUGUAUAGUAAAUAUCAAGGGGCUCUGGUGGCUGCACAAUCUUUUUUAAGAUACCAUAGUCAACUGUUUUAUUGUAAAAUGAAAAUAAAAAUAAUUUGUGUUA